AUGAACCCUUCAACCGGUCAUUUUAUGGUUCUCAUGGAAAAGGCCUGGGUUAUCCUGGAAACAUGUUUUAGAAGUGUUAACACAUAUAUGUUUGUGGAACCGAAAACGGGUGACAUUCCUUUUGGUGUUUGGGUCCACCCCUUGGCCAGGCCAUUGGCCCCGGCACUUGAGGCCAUUGGCGAGAGGGGUGCCAUGUGCUUGGCCAAGGCUUUGGAGGUCAACCCGUUCGUGCUGGAGACCCUUGAGAUCUCAGAGAACGACCUUGGGGAGGGGACGGCUGCAUUGAAGUCGGCCUUCCAAGCAAGUGAAUCCAUGAUGCGACUGUGUCUAGGAGAUGCGCAAACCUUCGAAAAGGAAGCCAUUUCGGCUGUAGGCUGUGAAGGAGCGCCGAAGCAGCGGACCGACCCGACGCGCUCGUCGGGCGACGCCUUUGCGGUGCGCUGCCACCGGCGCGGCGCCGAGAUUGUACGCCCAAGCGGAGGUGCAGAGACGCAAGCAACUUCGAUGGUAGCCAAGCUGCUGGAUAUGCAGCAGGAUGAACAGGAGCUGGACCUGGUCCUUUCUGUGCCGGGCCUCACCCGUUCCACAGCACUGAAGGUCUCCUUGGUGCCUCGCCACCUGACGGUCACAGCGGUGGAACUUGGAACCCUAGUGGAUGCAGAACUGUUCGAUGAGAUCGACCCUGACACAUAUGAGAUGAGCGUGCGGGACGGACUUUUAGAGCUGAGCCUGUCCAAACCGCCUGGCCGCGGCUGCGCCUGGCCGCGGCUUUUCUUGGAUCCAUUCCAGUGA